AUGCAAGAAAACAUCACUUUUGAAAUACCAAUUAUUGACUUCGGACUUUUAAAAACAAGAGAUGAAGCGACGAAGAGCAAUUUUUUGAAGGCAAUCACUGAAGUUGGCUUCUUUUUCCUCAAAAAUCAUGAUGUUCCUAAAGAGCUUACCGAUCGCUUGGAACUUGUUUCUAGAAAUUCUUACAAAACAACUUUCGAAGAAAGGAUGAAGCUCAAAGAUUUCAGAGGAAAAAUGGAAGUCAGCGGCUCAAUCUUUCAUGAGAAGCCAUUCCAAAACUCCCCAGACGAUGAGUCAAUCAAAUUGGACGAAAAAGAAAUAGACUCUACUUUUUUUGAUUAUUUGACUAAAAUUUCAAAUAUUGGCGUUUUUUUGCUAAAGUUUUGUGAAGAAGUCUUUGAUUUGCCAAAUGGUCGUUUGCUCGGCAAUUUCGAGCCAAAAAAAGCAAUUAUCGAUGCUGUUAUGCUUGAGGAAAAUCCUACUGAAGAGUUUGAGUUUGAAUGUCACCGGGAUAAUAGACUGAUGACAAUUCUCAAGCAAGAUAGAACCGGCGGUGUUGAGAUAAAAUACAAAGACAAUUGGUACCCCGUCUUGGAAGACCCGAAAAAAGAGUUUCUAGGCGUAAAUAUUGGAAAUAUAAUGAACAACCUUUCGGACGGAAAAGCUAAAGCUGUUUAUCAUCGAGUCAGAAGUAUUCAAAAUCAAACUCGCUUUAUGUGGCCAGUAUUUUUGACGCCGAAUUUUCGGCCGAGAAAAACCGCGGUAAAGUUUCUCCGCUUCACCCAUCGAGGCUGGUACGAUUUCGACACUGUUGACGACGAAACUGAUUUUCUGCUUUAA